AUGGCUCCACAUGCAAUUACCAAUUUGACGGAGCUGGAGUAUUCCACUACACCAGCCCAGAGUGACGACAAAGAACGUCAACCGUUAUCCCCCGUUGAAGAAGAGGACAGCAUGAGUGAAUAUGGCGAUCUUCCGAUCAGCUCGAUGGAGUUGAAUUAUCUCGACCACCCGGCGACAUGGCGACUCUGGCUUCAGGAAACCUGGGCUCAGAACAAGGGGGUGCUACUAGUGUUUCUGAGCAUGUUCUUCGCUGCCAGCAUGGAUCUGGCCGUACGCAUGCUAGAGACCGACAGAAUGCAUCCAAUUCACGCCAUGCCGAUCCUCUUUCUUCGCCAUGUCAUGACGGCGGUAUGCAUUGUAGCCUACGGUUACUUGAUGCGAUCCGUGCCCGACCACCCGUUCGGCACGCAUCAACUUCGAGGCAUCUUAAUCAUUCGUGGAACUGCCGGCUUUAUCGCAGUUUCCGGGAUUUAUUUCAGUCUCUUGUACUUGCCAUUGGCCGAAGCCACUGUGCUCACGUUCUUGGCACCCAUCGUCACCUGCUACGCCAUCAAUAACAUCUUUCGGGAUGAGGAUUUCUCAUUAAUGCAGCAGCUAGCAUGUGUUAUCAGCUUCCUGGGCGUUGUGCUGGUUGCCAUGAACUCCUCGGAUGAGGAUAUAUGGCGUCACCGAGCAGAUGCUCAGUAUGACAGAGCUGGAGUGCUGAAAGUUCAUAAAGUCGAAACCCGGCCCAUCUUAAACCAUGCUCGGAUGCUGGGUAUCAUCGCUGCCUUAUUGGGCGUGGUGGGCCAAGCGGGCGGUAUGGUGACCAUUCGGAUGAUCGGGCCUCGAGUACACCCGCUAAUCAGCAUGAAUUAUUCCUCUCUAGCAUCCAUUGUGUUCUGCGGGCUUGGCCUGCUUCUAUUACCCGGCGUUCCCUUCACCUUGCCCGCCACGCCACUGCAAUGGAUACUGCUGUUUGUUGUCACGGGAUGUGGUUUUCUAUUCCAGCUCCUCCUCACCGAAGGUCUUUCAUACGGCGCGGGAUUGAAAGGUACGGGAGGGACUGGAUACUCUUACCCACCAGAUCCAGACGAGAACAAGCCGAAUGGUCCGCCAAAAAAGGUCGGUGUCAACCGUGCAGUGGGCAUGAUGUAUACACAACUCUUGUUUGCCUUGGUGUAUGAUUGGUCUGUUUUCUAUCAUGCACCUUCGUUGUAUAGCUGGGCAGGUAUUGUGCUUAUUGUCACUGGCGCCAUUUGGGUUAUAAUAUGUUCAUCAUAA